AUGGCAAUUAAAAAGUUAAAGAACCUCCAGUGGUACGACCACUUAUGGGAGGAAUUUAUUCCAUUCAUCACAGCUGGAAAGGUACACCUCAUUGUUCAAGUGACUCAAGAGAAUCCUGAACCAGUCGAAAGUCUGUCUGAAAAGAGUUUUUCUGCGACCGAAGGAGAAAAGAAUCCUUUCAGUUCCUCAAGAGUUAGAACAUAUUCUAGUAUCAGCUCUUCUUCAUUUGGAAAUGAAAGCAAUUUCACUAUUCUUUAUGGACGGCCAGAUUUGAAAGAAUACAUAUCAAGGGGCAUUCAAGAGGAAUGUGAUAAGAACUACAGGAAAGCUUUUGCUUGCCUUGGGUGUGGUCCUGCUUCCUUCAAUGGAGAAAUACACAGAAUCUGUGAAAAGGACAAGUGGAUUGAUGCUGCUCCUCAAGUUUACUGCUACACCGAAUCUUUCGGCUAA